AUGAGCGCUCCCGGCCCCGGCCCCGGUCCCGCUGCACCCGAUCCCGGUCCCGCCGCUGCUGGUCCCCAUCCCUCCGCGCCCGCCGCCGGCUUCAGCCUCGGCCCGCUGCUCCAAACCCUAGGGGACCCGGCCGCCCCGCCGGGAGAGCUGACGGACGCGCACCUCACCAUCAUCAGUCGCUUGACCGGUGAAGGAGGCAAAGCGUUCACUGCAGAUAUCAGGAAACACUUCCCUCAGCUCUGCAAGGUGUUCAAGGCACACAUUUCCAGUCCAAACGUGGAGCUCAGUAAUGCAGCGUUGCAGGCCUUGGGAUUCUGCACUUUUAAUUCAAAUAACACAGCUGAAUUAUCUGCCACUGAAAUCCAGGACUUGCUGGCAGCAGUGAACGGCGUCGCUGUGAAAUCCUCAGACAAAAACACUCGCACUCGGGCACUUUGGGUCAUCUCGAAGCAGGCAUUUCCUCCAGAAAUUGUUAAAAAGGAGGUCUCCAAUAUUCUCUCUGCCCUGGAAACAAUCCUGACUAAAGGAGAAGUUCAGUCUGUUGUGGUUGAAUAUGAAGCACUUAAUGUCAUUAUACGCUUAAUGGAGCAGACUCCAGCCCAGAUGGGAGAAGAGGCUGUGAGGUGGGCAAAGCUGAUCAUCCCUCUGGUUGUCCACUCUGCUCACAAAGUGCAGUUAAGAGGUGCCACCGCCCUGGAGAUGGGGAUGCCGCUGCUGCUGCAGAAGCAGCAGGAGGUGGCAGCUGUCACCGAGCACCUGAUGACCACAAAACUAAUUUCCGAACUUCAGAAAUUGUUCUCGGCAAAAAACGAGACCUUCGUGUUGAAGCUGUGGCCCCUGUUUGUCAGACUGCUCGGAAAGACUCUGCAUCGCAGCGGCAGCUUCAUCAACUCCCUGCUGCAGCUGGAGGAGCUGGGGUUCCGCAGCAGCUCCCCGGUGGUGAAGAAAAUUGCCUUCAUUGCGUGGAAGAGCCUCAUUGAUAAUUUUGCUCUGAAUCCAGACAUCCUGUGCAGUGCUAAAAGGCUGAAGCUGCUGAUGCAGCCCCUGAGCUCCAUCCACGUGAGGACAGAGGCCCUGGCGCUGACCAAGCUGGAGGUGUGGUGGUAUUUGCUGAUGAGGCUGGGGCCUCACCUGCCCUCCAACUUUGAACAGGUUUGUGUCCCGUUGAUCCAGAGUACCCUGAGUGUGGAUGCUGCCGCUGCGUUCCCGGGAACGCCCUCACGCCCCAACAACUCCAGCCUGGGCUCAGCAACCCCUGGGCAGAAAUCAGGUCCUUUCCCGUUCGUGAGCCCGGGCACGCCCAGGAUGGCCCUGAACAGCAGCACGGCGGGAGCGGUGCCGUUCCCUUCCAUCCAGCUGCUGGGGAUCGAGAUGCUGCUCCACUUCCUCAUGGGACCACAAGUGGUGGAUUUUGCUAAGCAGAACAAACUCGUGCUCAGUUUAGAGCCUCUCCAGCACCCACUGAUCAGCAGCCCUUCUUUUUUUUGUAAGCACGCCAGCACUCUGAUAAAUGCUGUUCAGGAUGGCUUUGUUGCGAUUGGAAAAGAAGUUCCAGAUUGCUUGCUGAAUGUUAUCUGGAAGGACGUAAAUGGAUACGUAAAAACAGCAAUUGAAGCAGGAAAUAAGAAAGAGAAGCAGGGCUCGGAAAUUCUGACCAUGUUACUCCAGGCCUUAAAAAACACUGUGAGAUCAAAUUCUCUGCCUGUGCAGAAAAUACUGUCUCUCAUUGAUAUCACUGUCAAGGAGUUGCCUCCAAAAGUAUUGGGAUCCCCAGCUUAUCAAGUUGCUGAUAUGGAUCUUUUAAAUGGAACUCCAGCUCUGUUCCUAAUCCAGCUGCCUUUCCAUAAUAAUCUCUUGGAAUGCUGCGUGACAGACGAGAGGUUCUUUGUGAUUCUGGAAACUCUGGUGGGUUUUGCGCUGUCUGGGCCCACCUCAGCGCUGGCUUUCAGCGAGUCUGUGCUCUGUGUCAUUGAUCAGAGCGCAGGGCAGGUGGGCAACAAGGAGCACCUCUGGAGGAUGUGGAGUAUCGUAGUGCAUCCUCUGACGGAGUGGAUUAAUCAGAAUAACGAGGUGAACCAGGGGGACGCCCUGGAGCACAACUUCAGCGCUGUGUACAGUGCUUUGCUGCUGCCAGUAUCCCACAUCUUCCCCACUCAGGGAUUCCCACAGCCAACUUUGAAAUCCUUGUUGCGCUCCUGGUCAGACCUGUAUCGCGCUUUCGCUCGCUGCGCUGCUCUGGUUGCAACGGCAGAAGAAAACCUGUGCUGUGAAGAGCUUUGUGCCAAAAUAAUAUCUGGGCUAGAAGGUGAAACUCCAGUAGUGUUUUCCAUGCUGGAAGGUCUCACCCACCUCGUGUCAGUCAUGGUUGACUGCAUCAACUUUGCUCCCUACGGCACUAAAUUCCAGCCCAAGAACAGAUCUCCCCAGACACCCACAGACUGGGCCAAGAAGAAAAAGGAGCCCCUUGGCAAGCUGGCCUCUCUCUUCAAGCUCCUGCUGGUGCUCCUGAACUCCUUCCAUGAGCUCAGCUGCCAAGAAAUCCACGCAGAAUCCCUGACUGCCGUGGGCCCUUCCCUGCUGGCUGCUCUGCACACCAUCCUCAGCCACAUCUCCCUGCCUUCACUCAUUGGAGCCACUUUUGCCAUUUUUUCCAAGCCCUUGGCGGUGUUUUAUGAAAAAACCAAGCUCCCUGAGGUACCCAAAGUCUACAGCAAUCUGAACAACAAGCUGGAGAAGCUGCUGUCAGAGGUCCUGCAGUGCCUGCAGUGUCACUGCCCGGGCUCGUGUGACUCGGAGCUGCUGCAGCAGCUCAGCCCCGUGCUGUGCGUGGCCCUGGAGCACAGGAACAAGCAGCUGCGGCAGCAGUGUGCCCAGUUCUGGAACUGCACCUUCGCCAAGGCCUCCUCACUCACCUACCCCCAGGAGCUAAAGUCCGUGUUAAGCCAAGCCAAAAAGAAAAUCCCGCUGCUGCUGCCUGGUUUUGAAAGCAUUGAGGUGUCCGAGGAGUGCAGUGGCCCCUUCUCUGACACGAUGGAAAAUUCCCAGCUGGAUGCAAAGAUAAGUGGAAUGGAGGUGAGGGCGGGACAGAAGCGAGAUUCAAUACUGGCACAGACGAGCGAAGCAAAAAAUGACGGCAAAGACAAGUCCAGCAACCUGCAAGCAACACCUGCCAAGUUAAAACUAGAAUUUUCAUCUCCUAAGACAACAAGUGAGACGCUUCUGGAAGAGGAGAAAUCCGCUGAUUUUGUGUUCAUUCCUCCAGAAACAAAACCAAGAAUAUUGACAGAACAUCAGAAAGAAGUGCUUAGGUCAAAGAGAGCCGAUAUUCCUGCCAUGUACAACAACCUGGAUGCAUCCCAGGACACGACCUCGUUCUCCCAGUACACCCAGAGCCAGGAGGAUUCUCUGGAAGUACCACCUUUGGUAGAGGAUGCCAAAGAAGACCCUGCAAACCAGCCUCAGGAGGAAAAGGCGGGGAGUGAAGGAGAGCGCUCCGAGGAGAGCCCAGCCUGCAACAGCGAGGGGGAGGCCGAAAAUGACACAACUGAGACGAUCCCAGAGGAAGCAUCCCUUGGAGAGGCACCGGAGACGAGUUCUGUGGAAGGAACUUCCCAGGACGUCUCGGCAGGGAAGGAGGACACCUCCAACGUCACCAACAGCUCGAGCUCCAGCGACAUCAUCUCGGGCACGCCCCAGCCCGUGAGCCGGCGCCAGUCCUUCAUCACCCUGGAGAAAUUCGGGGCCGCAGGGAGCAGACCCUUCAGCCCAGCCCCGCUGAGCUCGGCGCCGGAGCCGGCCGGGAGCGCUCCCGGGGCGGCCGCGCGGCAGGAGAGCGGCGGCAGGGCGGAGAAACGCGGGCAGGAGAGCAAGAACGCGCCGAAAGCCGAGCCCGAGGCGGGCGCCGCGGCGACGCGCAGGGUGACGCGCCGGCAGAGCAGGAUGGAGCUGCAGGGGAGCAGAUCCAAGCUCCUGAGCGGGGCGGAGGAGCCCCUGGAGAGCGGCUCCGAGCUGGGCUCCUCCGUGGUGCGGGACGCGGAGCACAUCCUGCUGAGCCAGUCGCAGGCUCUGCGCUCCACCGAAGCGGACAUCCAGAAAGUGGAGGACGCCAUCGCGGAAAUGGAAAGGGCCCAGGCGCUGGACACGGACUCGAAGGAAAACACCCCCCCAGAGAGUAGCAGCUGCUCUGAGCAGGCCCCAGGGGAUGAGAGCCAGGUGCCACAAGUGUCCUCUCAGCAGAAACAGCUCCGGAGAUCCUCCAGGAGACGCUCCGAGACUGCGGAGAGCUCCUCGGGGAGCCAGGACAGGGAGGAUGGGCUCCCAAAGAGGGACAGGAGGAAAGAGGAGGAGAAAGCUGGGCAGAAGAAACCGUCCCAGGGGAAAGGCGAUGGAGGCCAAAAGCAGAAAGGAAUUCCUGGGAAAACGACGGAAAACAUGAAAGAGAGCAGCCAAGAGAGAGUGGCGGAGGACUGGAGCUCCAAGGACUCUCCUGCUGGCAGGGGCCUGGAUGAGGAGGGCAGCAGGGGAGGCAGGAGGGCAGAGGAUCCCCCCAGGCCCGAGGGGGAAGGUCAGGGCAGCCUGAGCACAGCAGGGCAGAAGGCGGAGCGCCCACGGUACCACACCAGGAGAUCUUCCCAAGGUUUGCUGUCCAGCAUAGAAAACUCGGAGGCUGACAGCUCUGAGGGCAAGGAGGAGAGCACGAGGAAGAAAAAACCCGUGAAAGUGAGGAGCAGGAGCAAUUCCCUCGAAGGUAAAUUGAAAGAGGGACAGGCGGGGAGCCGGAGCCUUGAGGGAUCUUCCCAGGGAGGUGAAACCAAGAGUCCACUGGAGGCAAAGAAGAGUGAUCCUGAGGUCAGCACGGGUGCUGCUGAGCCAGCUGGCCUGGAAAAGCAGGAAACCCCUGCAGCUGCUGGAGAAGCUGUGGGGUGUGGCAGCUCUGAGAUUGCAGGCGCUCUGCAGGACACCAGCGUGGAGCAGAGCAAGGGCGACACAUCCCUGGAACCCCUGGAGCAGAGCAAGGGCGACGCAUCCCUGGAACCCCUGGAGCAGAGCAAGGGCGUCGCAUCCCUGGAACCCCUGGAGCAGAGCAAGGGCGACGCAUCCCUGGAGAAGAGCAAGGGUGAUGCAUCCAUGGAAUCCCUGGAGCAGAGCAAGGGUGAUGCAUCCAUGGAAUCCCUGGAGCAGAGCAAGAGUGAUGCAUCCCUGGAGAAGAGCAAGGGCGAUGCAUCCGUGGAGUCGCUGAGCAGCCCCCGUGUGCCAGAGCAGCAUGGCGGAGCAGCAGAGGAGCAGCAAAGCAGCACAGGGGACUGGGCACCAGCAGCAGAUGCUUCAGGUGCUGAGCACUCCCCUUUGCAAAGCCCCGAGUGUCACAACAAGAGAAGCAAAAGGGUGAAGAAAAUCAAGAGCUGCGAUUGCUGCUCUAAAAAGCCAAAGCAGCAGGCGACCGAGUCGAAAAAGGAGAAAGCUGCAGAGCUGGAGGAGCCCAAGCGCACCCCUGGGUCGGUUCAGACACCUGGGAAUGGCUCUGCUCACUCGGAUUUGGAGGAGAGCUUUGCCCUGGCUCCCUGUGGAACGAGCACUCCAUUGCAGCCUCCAAAGGAACCCGGCGCCUUCAGCCUGGAGAGCCAGGGAAUGGCUGUGGAAAACCUGCAGGGAAGCAGGGAGGUGGCGAUGGAGGAGAGUCCAGAGGGUUCAGCAGCCGAAAGCGCCGAGCCCGUGGAGGAAGGGAAGGAACCUGCUGGGCAGAAGGAGCAGACGGAGCAGCUUCUGCCUGAGGGCGUUCCUGGAGAGGCCAGGGAGAGCUGCCUGGAGUCAGGGGAGCAAGGGGAAGAGCCAGCAGCUGCAGAAAAGGAAGAGAUCCGUGAAAAUGGCCAGCUGGAAGAGGUGCCUGAGGAGCUGCGUGUGGACAGCAAACCUGAGGAAGAAGAGAUUAAGGAGCUAGAAGGAAAUCAGGAGGAUAAAGGAGAAGCUGAGAGCUCUGCUGGAGAAACUUGUGUUGUUCCAAGAGAUGAAGAGAUAAAGGAGGAAUCGGUGGAAACUGAAAUAAAAGUGCCUGAGAACGCGGCCUCGGGCGGUGCGAGUGUGGAUUCUCCCCUGAAGGUGGAAGGGAAUCCCUCAGUGCAGGUGGCUGAGAGCCCCACCAGCCUCCAGGCCCGCUGCACCUGGUCCCCCUCAGCCUCCCCCUCCACCAGCAUCCUCAAGAGAGGGGUCAAAAGGAGCCAGGAGGAUGAUUCCCUGUCACCUGCCAACAAGAUCCGUCGAGUCUCUUUUGCAAAUCCCAUUUUCCAGGAGGGCCUGGCGGAUGACAUCGACAGGAGGAGUCCUGUCAUCAGAUCCCAUUCCUCACCCUCCUCCAGAAGUCUUAAAAUCCUCUCUAACAUGCAGCACAUUACCACUCCAACCAAAGGAUUUCUGUCCCCAGGAUCUCGUACCCUUAAAUUUAAGAGCUCAAAGAAGUGUUUAAUCACAGAAAUGGCCAAGGAGUCUCUGCCGUGCCUUACCAAGUUUGUGUAUCCUGCCUUGGCUGGCUGCAAAGCCCCCGUGGAUGUCAUUUUACCUCAGAUCACUUCCAACAUCUGUGCCAGGGGCCUGGGGCAGCUCAUCCGAGCCAAGAACAUCAAGACCGUGGGAGACCUGAGCACUCUGACGGCUCUGGAAAUCAAAACCCUCCCCAUCCGCUCCCCCAAAGUCUCCAACGUCAAAAGAGCUCUGAAGGGAUACCACGAGCAGCAGGUGAAAUCUCGAGCGCUGGAGGAAAGCUCUGUGCUGGAAGAUGCUGAGAAGCCUGGAAAUGAGGUGGAGGAGAAAUCUCUGAGUGGAGAGGAGGAAAAACUCGCAGCAGAUUUGGUCGACGCACCCACCAGCACCACCACCAGCAGCAGCAGCGAGCAGCGCCCGGGGGAUCUCCUGGGGCAGAUCCAGGCUCUGGCUGCUCAGCUGAGCUCGGAAGAUCUGCAUGGCUAUUCUGGCAGGCAGCUGUUUGAGAUGCAGGAGAAGCUGGCCGGGAUGGCCUCGUGCAUCCUGAGGAACCUGCAGGCCCGCUGGCACUCGCCUCCCCACGCGGGCCCCGAGUAGCUGCGGCGCGCAGCCCAGCCAGCACCGCUCCUGUGCAACACUUCCACUUGCUUUCCUUACUGCUCAGUUACUCCUUCAAUCUGCAUUUUGUCCUAGAGGAUAUUUUUUGAGUGCCUCCAUGAAUUUCUUAACCUUUUUUCCCUUUUUUUUUUUCCUUUUAAAAUUUUUUGUUGGUUUGUUUGUUGGUGGUUUUUUUUUUGGUUUUUUUUUUUUUUUUUUGCUCCCCCUUAGCUGUGGGACUCUUUCCUCCCUGGCAGAGGUGUUUCUAUAGGAUUGCUAUGCAUCUUUUCUUUCAGGCAGUGAAAGAAAAACCUGAUGAAGCUGUGCAAUAGCAAAGACUGUGAAAGAAAAACCAAACCAACAGAGUAAUUAAAUUAUUUUGGGGGUUUUUUUUGGUUUUUGUUUGGUUUUUUUUUUCAAAUCCAAAGUGUUCUUACUGCUGCAAACUCUUGCUGUGGGGUGAGAGCUGCAGCUCUGCCCCUGCUGGUUCCUUUGGAGCUGCUGCAGCACGUGUGAGGUAAGCUGGGUUUAAUUCCUUCCAGCGGGAGCCUGGGAUUUGUACUGGAUCUAUUUUUCCAUGUAUUUUUGUACGACUCGAGCUAAGGAGUGCUGAGGAAAUGUGCUUGGACAGGUGAAAGACUCUGCAGAGCCUCCCAGGCUUUGCCCCGUGGCCUUUGCUGGCAGCAGUUCUCCUUGUGGGAAGAUUUUUUUUUUUCCUUUUUUUCCUUUUUUUUUUGUUUUUUUUUCCACGGGGAUAUGGAUGGGUUGGACAAAAGAGCUCUUUGUAUAUUGUGUACAGACUCACAGCAGAUGUUGGGUAAUAAUUUAUGGAGUUUUAAUUGCAUGGACUGCAUUGCUGCUCCUUGGAGACCAGCCAGAAUUCCCAGGUUUUCCCUCUGGAGUUCUGAUCUGUAUAUAUUGUACUGUUGCUAUCCAGAUGGAUGUUUAUUGAAAGGAACUGCUGCAGGUGGUUUUAGAACUUUUACACGGGCAAAUAAAAGAGCAAAUA